AUUAAUAAUGCUAUUUCAAUCUCAAUUUUAAAAGUCUGGUAAAUACUUUGGUUUGGUUGAUAUGGUACCGGGAUUAUUGGCUAUAGUUUCUCAUUUAGCUGCAAAUUUGGUGGGUAUUUUAUAACAGAUUAUAAUGUAUCCAGUAACCAAUACGAUACAGAAUAACGCAUUAAUUGAUAAACGGCUAACAAAAAUAAUGACAACAUAAAAUGAUCUAUCCCAUCGUCACGUUUCUCUUUAUGGCAUUGUGUUGGAAACCGGAAUGAUUACGUAAAACAGUGAUGGAAUUAACUUAUUUUGUCAUCGAAAGUAUUCAUAAUACUUAUCGAAUAUGUUCAAUUAAAACAUAACUUUUUUACCAAAAUUAAGAUACGUACACACGCUAACAAGGUUAGAAGGCAACCAGAGAAUAAGAAUGACUCGCGUGGGGUGUUGGAGUUGGAUAACGAUUAUGGCAGCGAGUGUUGAGUCAGCAUGAUCGACGUGGUCACGGAUAUACACCUUUUUACGCUUGUCUGUCACACACGUCGGUGACCCCUUCACCCUUUUCUCCGCAACAACGGGACCCACACAACACACAAAAAAUGAGAUUGUUAUGAAUUAAAAUUGAAAUUUUGGGUAGCCAAAGCAUAAAGUAAAAUCAGCGCAGAAUAUGCUUUGCGCUGUUACGCAGAUUAUCCUUUCCUUUUUUUUCUAGCUCUUGUUUCAGUUCCUUCCUUCUUAUCAAUUCCUUCCUAAAUUCUCUCAUUAAUUUUCUCCAAAAAAACAACCACUUUUUCAACCGAUCCUAAUCCUUUGCUUAAAACCCUCACUCACCAACUUCUUCAGCGUUUUCCGAUAUUUCCACUAGAAACAACGAAAACGAAAGAAUUGGCAUGGAGCUUUUAACCGUGGUGGAUGAUUUUUUUGUCACGGCGUCUCUGGCUCUUCUUCUCACUUUCAUCGUCUUGAAGCUCGUCGAGGCCGUCAACGACAUUCACGCCACACCAAAACGUCACCUCCCUCCCCAUCCGCUCUCUCCGCUUUCUCAUGCCGAACGCUUUAUGGUUCAGCGCGCUCAAAGCAAGACCAAGGUCCGUUUUAUUAGUCCGGUUCACUCUGUAACCGAAUACAAGAUACAAAACCCCACGGUCGAACCGGUUCCUCACGGGAAACUGUUCUCUGCUCAGCCGGCUCAAAUUAAGAGUGUAGAAAUCGAAUGUGAAGAAGCUACGAUCGAACCGGUUCCACCGGUUCAGCCCGCUGAAAGCAAGGACACGAUCUGUUGUAUUGGUCCGGUUCAAGCUGCCACGUCAUCAGACAUUGAGCGCAAGAUAGAAGAGGCUGUGGUGGAAUUCGAUUCCAACGUUGUUCUCGAGUCACUGGUAAAAUCACAAACAGACAUUGCUGUUAUAGAGGAAAUAGCAGAGGCUAAUGAGGGAACAACACGAGAGUUUGACGAGAAGAGGGACGUGGAAAAUGUUGAAGACCCUUCCACUGAAAUUGAAGUUUCUGCUGUAGAAACCGGCGUGAAAGAGAAUGAUUACAAUGAUGAUGAUGAUGAUGAUUGGGAAGGGAUUGAGAGGAGCGAGUUGGAGAAAGAGUUUAUGGCAGCUACGGAAUUUGUUACUAACGAGGGUGAUCGAUUGGAGAGUGUUGGAAGCAACGUGAAAAUGGAUUUGUAUGGGCUUCACAAGGUUGCCACGGAAGGGCCUUGCCGUGAACCUCAGCCAAUGCCUCUCAAGCUCUCUGCACGUGCCAAGUGGAAUGCUUGGCAAAAGCUGGGGAACAUGAAUCCAGAGGUUGCAAUGGAGCAGUAUAUCAGCCUUCUUUCGAACAAAUUUCCUGAAUGGAUGAAAGAUACUUCAACUGGAAUUAGUGGUCAUGAACAGACAAAGCCUGAAGUUUCUGAGUCCGCUGCUUCUGAUCUGAGAACAACUUGGUCUCAUCAGCAACUGAUCUUAGCUAAUAGGGAACUUGAACAAGAGUCUUAUUCCGAGGAGCGUAGCCCACUUGCAGAGUCAGAUUUAAAUAACAAUGUUAACAAAUGACAGGAUUUCUCUGCUAAUUUCUCUCCAAAGAAGACUGAUUCCAACUGUCUAAGUUUGUUUCCAAGUACGAGAGAUUCUUGGGUUGUUUGUUUUCUCCUUUGGACCUUAAAUUAUUUGUUGAUCAUGAUUGUUCUUUAAUAUCAAGUUGUUAAUAUAUUUUUUGUACAUAAAUAAAUGUGUGUAUAGGAUAAUGUACGCAU